AGUACAUCAUUAAGAAGAUGAAAUCAUCCAAACAAGAGUUAACGAAUCUCUACAGUUAUAUUUGACCUUUCGCUGAACCCUACUUUAUUUAUACUUCGCAAAAUGAUUUUAUUUUUAAGAACUGUGCCACCGCCGAUAUUUAGAUUAGCAUCAGGCUGUGAACCGUCCCCGACCUCGUGCGAUGAGCCUUAGGUAGAGACGUAGAGUGUUGUCAUCGCUAGUUCGGUUCCACUCUCGCGUAACACACGAUUCUCGGAAAGCUGCAUUUCGAGUCUGGCACGCGUUGUCCCGUACUUACUGCCAACAUUUUGGUACUUUUGACAAAAACGAGUGCGUCAGCGGAGCGGUGCGGUGCCGCAGACGGCGGCUCGCGGGCCCGCCAGCGCCGCGCGCGGCGAGUGAAUGAAGCGCGGCGCGGUGCGCGCGCGCAGUCAGUCGGUGAUCAGUGAUCAGUGUCCGCCUGCGAUCCGAGCUCGCUCGUCGUGUCCGAGUGCUGAGUGCCGAGUGCGAGUCAGACCGCGCCGUCGCCGCUCGUCGCCGGCGACAGUGCCAGUACCGACUGCCGACCAUCACCGUAUGAUGCUUGCGUCCGACGCAGUGGAUACCGUUUGUGUUACAGUUUUGCAAAGUGUUUAAAGUGGAUUCCGGACUGUACCAGGCCGUGGAGCACGCGCAGCGGCUCGAGCGCUCCCAGGCCAUGUAUGUCAUAAAUUUAGAGAUGGCGCACGAGAGCGCCAGCGGGGCCGAGGGCUCGCCGCAGCACACGCCGUCGCCGCCGCACGCGUCGCACCUGCCGUCCGACUCCAGCUUCCACCACCAGAUCAUGCAGAAUCAGAGCCCGAGAAAGAACCAUAUCGCGGAGAGGGCGAAACAGUCUUUAGACAAUAAUUUCCUGAUGCAACUGAAGAAGCAGCAACAGUUGCAACAAGAGAUAUUGUUGCAGCACUUCCAGCAGCAGCGCCAGCAGCUCGCCGAGCAGCACCAGCAACAGAUCAGGCAGCAUUUAAAGCUAUGGGAGCAACAGAAGGCGAUGGAGGAGGCCGCGCUGCGGGAGGCGCGCGAGGCCCGCGAGGCGCGCGAGGCCCGCGAGCGGCACGAGCGCGACCGCGUCGAGCUGCUGCGCAAGAAAGACAAGCUGGAGCCCAGCGCCAACGCCUCCACACAAGUCAAGCAGAAGCUGCAGGAAUUCCUGAAGAAAAAACAAGCGGCAGCAAAUGCCAAUGGAACAAUAAAUAAUUCACCCUACAGAAAUUGGGGCAUCGUGAAGUCGUCGUCGGGCGAGUCCAUCACGUCGGCGGGCGCCACGGCCACGGCGCACCCCUACCGGCUCACGGCGCCGCUGCCGCUCACGCUCAACGCGCCGCCGCCGCCCGCGCCCAGCGACUUCCCGCUGCGCAAGACCGCGUCGGAGCCCAAUAUGCUGAAGGUGCGGCUCAAGGCGCGCGUCAUCGAGCGCCGCGCCUCGCCACUCGCGCGCCGCCCGCUCAAGACGCGCAUCAAGCAUCGCAACUGCGAGGGCGGCUCGCCGCGCAACUCGCCGCCGGGCGCGGUGGCGGCGCCCAUCCGCGAGGAGGAGGAGGGAGGGCGCGCGCCCGAGCUGCUCUUCUCGUCGCCCUCGCUGCCCAACAUCUCGCUGGGCCGCCCGCACGCCGCGCCGCGCCACGCGCCGCCCGCGCCGCCGGCGACGGUGGCGCUGCCGGUGGUGUCGGAGGCGGAGGCGUACUGCGGCGCGGCGCUGGGCGCGCGGCUGGCCAAGCGGCCGCUGGGCCGCACGCACUCGGCGCCGCUGCCGCUGGGCGACCCCGCGCUGCAGCCGCCGUCCGCGCACCACUACCUGCGCGACCAGAUCCGCAAGACGGUGCUGACGCGCGCGCACGACGCGGCGCAGCAGCUGCGCGAGGAGGAGCCCGAGGUCAUCGACCUGACGGCGCGCCGCGCGCCCGCGCCCGCGCCCGACGAGCCCGACGCGCCCGAUGCGCCCGGCGCGUUGCCGCUGGCGCGCGCGCUGUCCUCGCCGCUCGUGGGCGCGCGCGCGCCCUCCACCGGCCUCGCCUACGACGCGCUCAUGCUCAAACACGGGUGCCAGUGCGGCGCCCACGCGCCCACGCACCCGGAGCACGGCGGGCGGCUGCAGUCGGUGUGGGCGCGCCUGUGCGAGACGGGGCUGGCGGCGCGCACGGAGCGCACGCGCGCGCGCAAGGCCACGCUGGAGGAGCUGCAGAGCGUGCACACGGAGGCGCACGUGGCGGCGUGGGCGGGCCGGCCGGCGCCGGGCGGCGACGCGCGCGUGCGGCUCGUGCGGCUGGCGUGCGGCGGGCUGGGCGUGGACGCCGACACGGCCUUCAGCGACGCGCACACGCCGGCCGCCGCGCGCCUGGCCGCCGGCGCGCUGCUGGACCUGGCGCUGCGCACGGCGCGCGGCGAGCUGCGCAACGGGUUCGCCGUGGUGCGCCCGCCCGGCCACCACGCCGAGCCCGGCCAGGCCAUGGGCUUCUGCUUCUUCAACAACGUGGCGGUGGCGGCGCGCGCGCUGCAGACGCGCCUGGGCCUGCGCCGCAUCCUCAUCGUGGACUGGGACGUGCACCACGGCAACGGCACGCAGCAGAUCUUCUACGAGGACCCGCGCGUGCUGUACGUCAGCCUGCACCGGCACGACCACGGCAACUUCUUCCCCGGCACCGGCGCCGCCAGCGAGUGCGGCGCGGGCGCCGGGCUCGGCUACAGCGUCAACGUGGCGUGGCCCGGCGCGCCGCCGCUGGGCGACGCCGAGUACCUGGCCGCCUUCCGCUGCGUCGUGAUGCCCAUCGCCGCCGAGUUCGACCCCGAGAUCGUGCUCGUGUCGUGCGGCUUCGACGCCGCCGCCGGCCACCCCGCGCCGCUGGGCGGCUACCGCGUGUCGGCCGCGUGCUUCGCGCACAUGACGCGCGAGCUGCAGGCGCUGGCGGGCGGGCGCGUGGUGCUGGCGCUGGAGGGCGGCUACGACCUGGCCGCCGUGUGCGACUGCGCGCAGGAGUGCGUGCGCGCGCUGCUGGGCGAGCGCCCGCCCGGCCUGGCGCUGGCCGAGCUGGCGCGCGCGCCCGCGCCGCACGCGCAGGCCGCGCUGCGCGCCGCCAUCGCCGCGCAGGCGCCGCACUGGCCCGGCGUGCGCCGCUUCGCCGCGCUCGUGGGGCUGUCGGCGCUGGAGGCGGGCGGCGCGGCGGCGCGCCUGCAGAGCGACCGCGACGCCGCCGACACGGCCGCCGCCAUGGCGUCGCUGUCGGUGGCGCCGCCGCAGGCGCAGCCGCUGGCGCUGCGGCGCGCGGCGUGCGAGGAGCCCAUGGAGCAGGACGAGGGCAAGUGAGCGCACAUUCCGCAGGACGAGUGCAGUGUUCGACGAGUCCGUCUCGCGGGGAGAUGGUGAAAUUAAGACAAAUCUUAAUUUGAAAGCUUUAAAACGUAGUAAAAUUGUAAGUGUACAAAAUGAUGUUAUUAUUAUUCUUAUUAUAUAUUUGGAUAUGCUUUUAAGUAUGACUCAGAAGCGUAUCGCCGCCGUCGCGCAGCGGUCGCGUCGCCGGCGCGUCGCACGCACAUUCCGCGCGGACGCGUCGCGUAUCUUUGUGUAUACCAAAGACUUCACAUGUGAAACUUUUGUCUAUCGUGAUUUGUAUAUUGUGUAUUUGUUGUGCGACCGUGUCGCAGUCGAUAUUGUUAUUUUUGUAUGUAGGAGAGCUGCGGUCUGCGGAUCUCCGUUUCGUUUUAACUUAUUCAAAUUGGUGUUGAUAGUCGUUUUUUGAGAUAAAAAGAUGUUUAGCCGAAAAUUAUAUGUAUUGUUACGGCGCCGUUUGCGUAUACUGCGACGAGUGAAGCAGCAGCCCGCUUGUGUCGCGCCUUCGCUCGUCAGCUCUUAGUGUCUGGACGCGCACUGACGUCGCCGCGGGGGCCCGCAUUCUUUAUUACACUCAAACAUACUGUACUACCUUUUUAAUCUUACUAGGACAUCUAGAUCUUAAUAUAUAAGAAAUUUGUUAGACAAUUGUGUUCGUUCAAUAAAUAACAUUUUAAACGGACCUUAGAUAGCAAAUGUUGUAAAAAUGUCCCUUUUAUAAAACAGAGGCUUCUGCUUCUAAACAGACAUAAUUUGUAAGUCUAAAAGUCUAGAUGCAUAUAUAUGAUCAUGAGACGAGGACUCAAAACAAAUGAGUAGUUUUUCUAUUAUUAUAGUAUUUUUGGAUAUAUAGCUAUUUGUAUGUCAUAACGAAUGUCGGCCCCGUCCAGUCUGUCUGUAGAGAUAGAUCACUAGGUGUUCAGUGAAACGAUUUUAGUCGAUCUAAACAAAAAUGAAUAUUUCCUAUUCUAAUUACGAUUAAUAUAUAAACUAAUGGCCGUUUUCCAGAUAGUGUAUUUGAUAACCUACGAUUAAUGUUUAACGUCUCAGAUAGUAAAUGUUCGUUGGGAAUGUAGAUUAUAUUUUAUCGGUGUUGCUGCAGUGGCGCCGCGCUCGUGGCGGUGCGUCAAGUCGACUCCGACUUUAGGUAGACAAUGCCAGCUUACACUCGUAGUGUGGCGUUUAGUACUUCAUCCGACAGAGGCCGGAUCAUCGAAAUGUAUUUUCAAUAAAUAAUUUUUCUGUAGAUACUAUCUUUGUCUAUUUUUGAUGUUUCCAUAAUUGAGAAUACUCGAAACAUUUAUGUCGAAUGUGGUACUUACUAUCUCUGAAAUGUUUUAUAUUUAAUGCAAGUCUAUAGAUCCCAGUCCUAGACGAAUAAUUGACAUUCAAAAUGUCUUAAUGUCUAUCGAUCAUGAUUGUGGUAUUUUAUAUGUAGGUAACUCUGUAACUUAAUUAGUAGAUAUUAUGUAAAGUUAUUAUAACUAUUAUCGACGAAGCAACCUAGCGUUUACGGUUGCCAGACGAGUUGAAAUAGUUUUAAUCACUAUUAAGGGGCAAUUGGCCCGUUACAGACCUUUAGCUCUUGCCGGUGAGGAUGUUGACGCACCGGCGCCACGAGCGCAGCGCACGCGUGCGUCCGAGUGACGUCACUAUUGUGAUGACGUACCGCGCGGUAUCUUCGCCUCGGUCUCGUGUAGUGUUAUUUAUGCAGAUGUACAGAUAUUUAUUUAUAUUUAAUAUAUAUGGAAAUGUUUAUGUAAUAAAAUUUACCAAUAGAUAGGUUAUUGUAAAGUUCCAUCACAAUCAGUGUACACUCGGCGCGAGCGUCAAAUUGAUAUAUUUUUGUAUGAAGACUGUCUGUCUGUCCGUGUAGUAUACAUGCCGCGGCCGCCGGCUGCGCCUGCUCUCCUUCACGGUGACAUUGAACAUCGACAGUUGUAUAAAUGUUUUAACUAUGUCUAUAUAUUUGAGUUUUUUACCUGCUGGUAGCGUAUUCAGUAUCUGAAGUCGAUGUCAAUCUCAUACAGAAGGAGGGUCGAUUGUCUAGUGUACUGUCGGCCGUCGACCGAGUCGACGCGGCCGACGCUCGGCGGCAGCCGGCGGCCGCGGCGUACGCCGAGGGAUGCGAUCCUUGUACGAUAAACAGAUUUAAACAAUGUUGUAUCUUUGAGAGUUUUAUUGUUAAAUUGGAAUACAGAUGAAAUAAUUAUUUAAUAAAUGUAUAUAUUAUAUAUAUAUUUGGAAAUA